AUGUCAUCAAAAGCCGAUCAUAUCCAUUCCCAUGAUUCUCUUUUGCCUUCCGGAGAAGUAGAGUCUGAACAUCAGCCGAUUGAUUCUAUUUCCAAGAGAACCCAAAUCGUUUCAAUCCCUCCACAACCCUGUUCGCAUUUGUUUCAAUUCAAAUCCAAGAACGGGACCAAACCCUUCCGUGCCCUUCAAGAUUGCCUCAGGAUAAAACCCCUAGGUCGCGCCUCGAUCCGUCGGGACCCACAAGAAAUCAUCCGCUGUAACACUUGCGGUCACGCGCCGUCGCGUCUAUACGCUUGCGUCGCUUGUGCCGCGGUGUCUUGUCAACUCCACGCGCCGUCGCACGAGGUGGAUUUUCCCGGAUCUGGUCAUGACAUCGCGGUUGACGUAGACCGCGCCCAACUCUUUUGCUGUGUCUGUUUGGAUCAAAUCUACGACAAAGACUUCGAUGCGGCGGUCGUUUUGGCGCAGACCGCGGCUUCGACCAUCGGAUCGAUCCGCGCACCGCCGCCGGAGAAUUUAAGGAAGCGGCGGCGCGUGGAUUAUCGUCCUUGGACACCUGAUCUGCAAGAACGCGACUUGAUCGGUGAAAAAUCGACUAAAUUACCGAGUUCUGAAAGUGAUUCGGGUUUGGAUUCACCGUGGGGAUUGAGAGGGCUUAACAAUCUAGGAAAUACAUGUUUCAUGAAUUCCAUAUUACAAGCUUUGUUACAUACUCCACCAUUGAGGAACUACUUUUUGAGUGAUCGGCAUAAUCGGUAUUUUUGUCAGCAGAAGAGUAAUGGGAGGAGAAAUUCUGGGAAUACUAAUACUAAAAAUUUGCGGUUGUGCUUGGCUUGUGACAUGGAUGCGACGUUUUCCGCUGUGUUUUCAGGGGAAAGGACUCCGUAUAGCCCCGCGAGAUUUUUAUACAGGUCUGCAUUGAGCUCUUUCGUGCCAUCUGACAGUAAAUGUGGCAUAGGUUUGGAUCAGCUCAUGGUACAGGCUCAUUCUUUAUUUGGUGGCAGCAUGCGGCAAACCUGGCAAGUUAUGAACAACAGGAUGCACAUGAAUUUUUCAUUUCAAUGCUUGAUGGGAUUCAUGAGAAGGUGGAGAAGGAUAAACGCAAACCCCAGAGUCAAGGGUGUGAGUUUAGGUCUUCAUUGCCUUAGGCUUUGCCAAGUGCUCCCAGAUUUAGGGCUAAUAAACAAUCAGCAAGCUUGCCAUCUGCUUCACUCGAGGUCUCUAUUUUUUGGCGCAGCUGAUUCGAGCCUGGAGAAUUUCAAGAUCAAACAUUUUGUCGUCUUUUCUUUUGAUGGAGAUAUUGGGAUACCAUUUGAACUUCGUCAUCUUUCAAUCAGUAAAGGUGCUUUUUGGGAUUAUUAUGGGACAAAUCCAGUACCUCAAACAGCAACUUUGUCGCUACAUCUUCAUGACGGCAGUGGAGAUUGUUGUAUUGCUCAUAGAGUAUUCUCUGGUAUCUUGCGAUCAGAUGUUAUGUGUACGGCUUGUGGCUUUACUUCUACAACAUAUGAUCCAUGUGUAGACAUCUCAUUGGACUUGGAACCGAACCAAGGGGGUUCUGCUAAGAUGUCAUCCACAAAAUCUCAUCAUUCUUUCAACGGGGAGGCAGACCAAAGCUGUGGAAUAUCUACCCUGAUGGGAUGCUUGGACCGUUUUACAAGACCCGAGAGAUUAGGUGUUGACCAAAAAUUUUUCUGCCAACAGUGUCAAGUGAGACAGGAAUCUCUCAAGCAGAUGUCCAUAAGAAAGCUUCCAUUGGUUUCUUGCUUUCAUAUCAAAAGAUUUGAGCAUUCUCCUGUCCGAAAUAUGUCAAGGAAGGUUGAUCGCUACUUACAGUUCCCAUUUUCCUUGGACAUGGCACCUUAUCUCUCUUCCUCUAUCUUGAGAAGUCGAUUUGGAAACAGAAUUUUCUCUUUUGAUGGGGAUCAGUCAGAAACUUCAAAUGAAAUGUCUUCAGAGUUUGAGUUGUUUGCUGUUAUCACUCACACAGGCAAACUAGAUGCAGGUCAUUAUGUUACUUAUUUGAGGUUAAGGAACCAAUGGUACAAGUGUGAUGAUGCUUGGAUCACUCGAGUUAACGAGAAUACUGUGAGGGCAGCACAAGGAUAUAUGAUGUUUUAUGUGCAGAAAAUGCUUUACUACAAAGCAAGUGAGAAGUUGGUUGCCUCAUGA